ACUUGACCGGCGGCCGCUGAGGAGGAUGGGAAGGGAAGGCGUCAGCUGACCAGGAUGCUCUCUGCGCGCGCAGCUUCUCCUGUUCCUUUCGCCGCUGCCGGAGAGGCAGUGUGGGGAAAGGCUGAUACCUUCUCUGACAUGGAGCGCUACGACAAGGCCGCCCUGAACGCGCUCUCGCCUCCCGAUCCCAGAAAUGAAAGUUCUUUAGCUUCGACCCUAAGAACGCUCCUGUUCUUCACAACUUUAAUGAUUAUGUUACCUAUUGGGCUAUAUUUCUCAUCAAAGGUAUACGUAUUUGAAGGUACCUUUGGAAUGUCAAGCAGAGACAGCUAUUUUUAUGCCGCAAUAGUUGCUGUGGUAGCUGUUCACGUCGUGCUCGCUCUUUUUGUCUAUGUGGCAUGGAAUGAAGGCUCACGGCAAUGGCGGGAAGGGAAGCAGGACUAAAAGUUGCCGUUGCAGCGUGGCAGGCAAGGAGGGGACGUUUCCAGGUGGAGCAAAGCCCCAGAGUGUAAAGUCUAAUAGUCGGUGUUUGAAAUGGGACAAGAUGGGAUUGCAUCAUUCCCCCAUUCCAGUAGCGUUUUUAGUUUUUAAAUUACAGCUCAGACUUCAUGAGCCUCAAGACCUGGCAGAGUCGGGAAGACUAGAAGGGAGUCUCAACAGGAGUACCCUGGAAUCUAUUUUCACAAUCUGUCUGCAGAGAGCAUCUGGGAAACAUUUGCUUGCUUAGUAACCUGCCUAGAAUUGCUUUGAAAUGAACAUCUAGGUAAUUCGUAAAGUUGAACAUGAAGAAUUUCAGAGCUUCGCCAACAGAGUCUGGAUCAAAAAUGGUUUAAGUUCUUUGAAAUAGAUUUUAUUCCUGUGUAUUGGGGGGCGGACGGGUCAACUUUAGGAGCCUUGACUGACAGUAUGCUGGCUACACUUCAUGGUUAACACAGGUGCUUGAAAAAGUGGCUCCAUAUACUUUAUGAUGGAGAAGGGAGGAUGCAUUGAGUCCUGUCUAGGAGCUUGUAACUUCAGUCCACCUGUUAGCACAUUUUUGCAUGGUGGCUUCUAAUGUAGGAUACCUUUCCCCACAAAGUACAGAGCAAGCAUCCCCAAACUUCGGCCCUCCAGAUGUUUUAGACUACAAUUCCCAUCAUCCCUGACUACCGUUCCUUUUAGCUAGGGAUCAUGGGAGUUGUAGGCCAAAACAUCUGGAGGGCUGCAGUUUGAGGAUGCCUGGUAUAGAGUCUACCCUAAUCUUGACUCUUAAUUCAGUUACCCCCUUCCAAUACAUGCUUUUCCUCAACAAUGGAAUGCUUUGCCUAAUUUCGAAGAACUGAGGUAAUAGCAUUAGGUAGUCCUAAGAAUGUUUGUGCAUUGUUUGUUGAGACCCAGAAAUGUAUCCAUUUGUUCUACUUGGAGUAGGGCCAUUGAAUUUAAUGGACAUGAUUAGCUUAGACCUGUUAAUUUCCGUGGGUCUGCUCUGACUAAAACUUGAGUGGAUACCACCCCCACGGUUUGCUUUAAUAAAUGUACCUGAUUUGUGUUGCCCUCUCAUAACUGCUACUAUUAACUAUCUUUAACAUUUCAUACUGUCACCUUUUCCAUAAUAUUGCCAGAUGGUCAUUGAUGGCCAUUGCUCUUCUUCCUCAACCUGUGUCUUUGUCGAUAAAUGAGUUUCUUAGUAUAGCUACGAAUGUAUGUGUAAUCAUGGACAAAUGCCAAAUCUUUUGAACAAAUUGCCACUUUUAUUGAUUAGACUGGUGGCAGAACUGCUCCAAAAUCGCUUCUUGAUUUCACUGGAACCUGCUACACAGGAUUCAGCACACCAAGCACAGCUGAAAUGCACCAAUGUGCAGCUGGGAAUUGUACCUGUUUCAGUAGCUAAUGUGAAGUGCUGCUUAAGGACAAAUUUUUCCUUAAGGUGAAAUUAACUUCCACAACUUUCCUGAAUCUUGAAUAUUUUAUCAUUACCCUUCCAAGGUUUUAUAUACUCUGUUUUUAAAUCCUAACCUAAGAGAUAAAUCCUGGGAUUGAAAAUGUUUACAAAUGAGAACCUCCUACUUGUGUUACUAUAAAGCUCUGGGAAUAUUUUAAAAUGUAAGGAUGUAGAAUAGUGACUGUGUCUUAAGGGAGUCUAUAAAUAAGAUGUAUGCUUUUUAAAGGAGGAGGAAUCUAAUGUUGGGCAACAUGCUGCUGGUUCAUCUGAAUUGCAAAUUUAUUUUGUAGUGUAUUGUGUUGAAAUUUCUCUUUCCUUCCCUUAUCUAUGGAAUUGGUGUAUGGUGAACCUUUUUAAUAAAAUGAAAGUGUAUAGCAUAAA